UUCGGCUUAGAUUAACCCAAACGGCAGAAAAACCAAAGCGACCAUCCGGGCCCACCUGCAGUGAACCAACCGUGGAGCCCACCUCGCCAGUGAUAAACCAAUUACAGUACAGUCCACUCCACUCCACUCCACUCAGCUGCAGACGCUCCUGAGCAGUGAGCACUGAGCCUCUGCUGCUAAAAAAAUGGCUCCACAUAAAAGGCUCGGGUGCAGGGGCAGCGCGUGACUCGACAACAACUGCCCUUUGCCCAGCCGUGCCAAUAAUAAUACUGGCUCGUCCCGCCGCCUCCUGCCAUGCCGCAGAAGCGGCACUACUUGUAGGACCAGCCAUAGCUGCCUUUCUUCAAGCUACGAGAGAUAGGAACCCAGUCUGAGUGAGUGAGUGAGUGAGUGAGUGAGUGAGUGAGCUGCACGACACGGCGGCCGUCGAUGCCCGGCCAUCGCCGCGCGAGGCUGCCGGUGGUGCUGUAGGCGGCGGCGAUGGGGAAUAACAAGAAGGGCAGCGGGUCUUCGUCGUCCUCGACGUCGUGGCUGACCGCCGUGAAGCGAGCCUUCCGGUCGCCGUCGUCCAAGGAGGACAGCCCCGCCAGCAAGUCCGCGCGCCUCCGCGACGACGACCGCGGCCCCAACUCCGAAGACGACAAGAGCAAGCGGAGCGAGAGGCGGAGAUGGUUGUUCCGCCGGUCCUCGUCCCCUUCCCCAUCUCCGGCACCUCCCGCGCCGCCGCCGGAGCAGUCUCACCAGCAGCGACAGCCGAGGUCGGCGGCGCCUGCCCCGGCCGUGUCGGACGAGCAGCGCCACGCCAUCGCGCUCGCCGUCGCCACCGCAGCCACCGCCGAGGCCGCCGUAGCCACGGCGCAUGCGGCCGCCGAGGUUGUCCGCCUCACCCGCCCGGCAGCCACCUCGAACGGCAACAACAGCUGCUACGUCCGCGAGCACUACGCCGCCAUCCUCAUCCAGACCGCCUUCCGCGGCUACCUGGCGCGGCGCGCGCUGCGGGCGCUGAAGGGGCUGGUGAAGCUGCAGGCGCUGGUGCGUGGCCACAACGUGCGGAAGCAGGCCAACAUGACGCUCCGCUGCAUGCAGGCGCUGGUGCGCGUCCAGGCGCGCGUCCGGGACCAGCGGAUGCGCCUCUCCCAGGACUCCCUCUCCUUCUCCGGCGCCGGCCAUGGGGCCAACGGCAAUGGCAGCAGCAAGUCCUCCUACAGCGUCGACACCUCCGCCUUCUGGGACUCCAAGUACACCCACGACUACGCCGACCGCCGCUCCAUGGAGCGGUCGAGGGACGGGAGCAGCUUCGCGGCCGCCGAGGACUGGGACGACCGGCCGCGGACCAUCGAGGAGAUCCAGGCGAUGCUGCAGACGAGGAAGGACGCUGCUCUCAAGCGUGAGAGGGCGCUCUCCUACGCCUUCUCCCACCAAAUCUGGAGGAACCCGGCGCCGUCGGUGGAGGAGGAGAUGGACGGGGAGCAGCCGCGCUGGGCGGACCGGUGGAUGGCGUCUCGGGCCUCGUUCGACACCAACCGAAGCAGCAGGACGGCGGCGGCGGCGGCGGCGCCAGGCCGCGCGUCGACGGACCACCGUGCCCACCAGCAGCAUGUGAAGACGCUGGAGAUGGACACGUCGCGGCCCUUCUCCUACUCCACGCCGAGGCGGCAGCAGCAGCAGCAGCAGCAGGCUCCGGCCCACGGGAGCGGCUCGCCGAUGCACCACCGGGCCACGCCGUCGCCGGGGAAAGCGCGGCCGCCGGUCCAGGUGCGCUCCGCCAGCCCGCGCGCCAACGGAGGAAGCUACACGCCGAGCCUCCACUCCCAGCGGCUGCAGCACGCGUCGUCGGCGGCGGUGCCCAACUACAUGGCGGCGACGGAGUCGGCCAAGGCGCGCGUCCGCUCCCACAGCGCGCCAAGGCAGCGGCCGGCCACCCCGGAGCGCGGCGGCGCCGACCGGUACCUGCAGCAGGUGCAGCACGCCGGCGGCGGCGCGUUCAGCGUCUCCUCCGCCGCCGCAUCGAGCGCGAAGAAGCGGCUGUCGUUCCCGGCGGCGGCGGACACGUACAGCGGCGGAGGAGGAGGGUACGCGCAGAGCCUGCGGAGCCCGAGCUUCAAGAGCGCGGCGGGGCGGUUCAGCUCCGAGCAGCGGUCCACCGUGUCUUCCCUCUCGUGCGCGGAGAGCCUCGGCGGGGAGCCGGUCUCGCCGUCCUCCACCACCGACCUCCGCCGCUGGCUCCGCUGACCUGCCCUCGCCGCAGCCGCCGGCAAGGUGUUCGUCGCAAUGCCUUCCACCACGUCUUGUACUCUGCUCAGCUUGUUCCCCCCCCCCCCCCCCCCCCCCCCUCCCGUAGGCCAAAAAAAUCUAUUCGUUGACGAUUCCUUUUUCGCGUGUGCGUAUGGGGCCGAGGCGUCAGGCAUUCAGUGCGGGUUGCAAGCUGGAAAGAGUAGUUCGUUAGUCGGGUCGCGUUGGAGUGUGGAAAAGCGGAAAAGGUCGGCAAAGCAGCUUUUAGGUGCGUCGGGCAGCGUAGGAGGCGCCUUUCGCUUUUCCCGCCUUUCAGCUUCGUGUUUCGAGCAGAGAUACUAGUGGAGGGCAAUGGCGCCUAGUGCUAGUGCUGACAAGAAGGUUAGGAAAUUUGUGCUGAAAUUUGAAUCAACGAGCAGAUCGUCGAGCUUGGCUGAAGUUUUGAGAAAAAUUGCAUCCUGAAGCCUUGUUCCUUGUUUUGUUCAACUACUUCUUCCGUUCAACAAAAGAUAUCUUAAAUUUUGUUGUCAAAAUUUGAAUGUAUCGACAUGACUUAGUGUAUAAAUGCAUUCAAAUUUAGUCAAAGUUGAAAGUGAGUACUAUUCUUGUUUGUACUGUUGUAUUUAACUGUUUCUUAAUCUGCUGACAAGAAGGUUAGUGAGCAGAUCGAGUUUUGCCGAAGUUUUUUCUAAACAAGAUUGGAUGUUCAAGUCU